AUGUCUGCUCUCACUACCAAGGGCCCACAAGACCAGGCUGACCCCCUCCCCCGGUCCCACCCCCCCUCCCCCGGUCCUGCCCCCCUCCCCCGGUCCCCUUCCAGGCAGCAGGGAGUCCUGACCGGCCGUGACCCUAACGACCUUCUCGCCUCCUCCAGCCUCGCCAUGUUCCUGGAGAACAAGAACAACCUGGAGAUGGAAAUGGCUCAGGCCUCGGCUCAGGGCCUGCAGGGCCGCGGCAGCCUGAGGUCACCGGAGGUCGUCGCCGGAGACUUCGGGGAGCUCCGCCUCCUGGAGGGCAUCUCGGAGAGGAGAGACGCCCACAAGCUGCAGCACAGAGAGGACGGCUUCAGCGUGGUGAACGUCCUCAGAGGGAAAAGCAACGCCGCCGGCCUGUCGGAGAGGUCGCCGCUGCUCCGGUUCUCUCAGGACGACAGUAUGACCUACAUGACCUUACACGACCCCGGCUUCGUCGGAGGGGAGGAGCUCUGGGACGGCGGCUCCCUGGACCUGGAGAAGAGGUACCGGCUGGGCAGCGAGGUCACCGGUCUGUCAGAGUCCAGGUCCGGCUCCUCGGAGAAGAGCGACCCGCUGGACCACCUCAGCCUCAGCUUCAGACUCACCAGCAGCAUGAAAUGCUGCUUCAGAGUCUCCAAAAUUGCCACGAUGUUUACUAUCGUCGUCCUCUGCAGUCUGUUCUUCAGCAUGUAUCCAGACCGAGACGACCCCUGGAGGAUGCUGGCGGUCUCCUCAACAGACAGUUUCUCGAUGAACCUCACGGACUUCGGAGACAACGCUCUGCUGAAGCUGCAGGUGGGCGGGCCUUUCAGCGGAGGGAAGCUGGACCCCGACAACCAGGACUACAUCCUGGUCCAGGUGGAGCAGACGGAGCAGACGGGCCAGCGGAGGAGGAGGACUCAGCAGGUGAUCUAUAACUGGACCAUCCCUCUGCACCGAGAACGAAGUGACCAGAUCCUGGUGACCAAAACAUUUGAGAUGCUCAGCAGCGACCCCAUCGUCAUCUCGGUGCAGGCCUUCCUGCAGGAGGGCGAUGUGGUGCCGCUGUCCAUGACGCACCAGGCGCUCUACGUUACCGUGGAGACGCAGGUGGUCAUCGCCGGGGUCAUCCUGACGGGGGUCUACGUUCUCAUCAUCUUUGAGAUCGUGCAUCGUACGCUGGCGGCCAUGUUGGGCUCUCUGGCAGCUUUAGCCGCUCUGGCCGUCAUCGGAGACCGACCCAGUCUGGUGACGGUGGUCGAGUGGAUCGACUACGAGACGCUGGCUCUGCUCUUCGGCAUGAUGGUGCUGGUCGCCAUCUUCUCAGAGACCGGCUUCUUUGACUACUGCGCUGUGAAGGCCUACCAGUUAUCCAGAGGAAGGGUGUGGCCAAUGAUCAUCAUCCUCUGUCUCAUCGCCGCCAUCCUCUCGGCAUUUCUGGACAACGUGACCACGAUGAUGCUUUUCACCCCCGUGACCAUCAGGUUGUGCGAGGUGCUGAAUCUGGACCCCCGACACGUGCUGAUAGCAGAAGUGAUCUUCACCAACAUCGGCGGGGCGGCCACAGCCGUGGGAGACCCGCCCAACGUGAUCAUCGUGUCCAACCAGGCGCUGCGCAAAGAAGGGAUCGACUUUGCCAGUUUCACGGGCUACAUGUCUCUGGGGAUCUGCCUGGUCCUCUUCACCUCGUUCCCCUUCCUGCGGAUGCUCUACUGGAACAAGAAGCUCUACAACAAAGAGUCCAUUGAGAUCGUCGAACUCAAGCACGAGGUUCUGGUGUGGCGGCAGACGGCUCAGCGCAUCAACCCGGCGAGCCGCGAGGAGACGGCCGUGAAGUGCCUCCUGAUGCAAAAGGUCCUGAACCUGGAGAGUCUGCUCCGCAAGAUGAUGAAGACCUUCCAGAGCCAAAUUUCUCAAGAGGACAAGAACUGGGAGCAAAACAUCCAGGAGCUGCAGAAGAAGCACAGGAUCACCGACACGGUGCUGCUGGUGAAGUGCGUGUCCGUCCUGGCCGUGGUGAUCUUCAUGUUCUUUCUCAACUCCUUCGUUCCCAGCAUUCAUCUGGAGCUCGGUUGGAUCGCCAUCCUGGGCUCCCUGUGGCUUCUGGUUCUGGCCGACGUUCAGGACUUUGAGAUCAUCCUGCACCGCGUAGAGUGGGCCACGCUGCUCUUCUUCGCUGGCCUCUUCGUCUUGAUGGAGGCUCUGGCUCAGCUGCAGCUCAUCGACUACAUUGGAGAACAGACGGCGCUGCUCAUUAAAUCGGUUCCAGAGGACCAGCGCUUGGCGGUCGCCAUCAUCUUGGUGAUGUGGGUCUCGGCUCUGGCUUCGUCUCUCAUUGACAACAUUCCCUUCACUGCUGCCAUGAUCCCAGUUCUCAUCAACCUCAGCCAGGACGAGGACGUGAACCUGCCAAUCAAACCUCUCAUCUUCUCCUUGGCCAUGGGAGCCUGCCUCGGGGGAAACGGCACGCUGAUCGGCGCCUCGGCCAACGUCGUGUGUGCAGGAAUCGCUGAGCAGCACGGAUACGGCUUCUCCUUCAUCGAGUUCUUCAACUUCCCCGUCGCCCUGAAGAGAGUCCCGGGAGGACCGGUGACCCGUCUGACUACGGGAAGAGUCCCCAUCCAUCUGAACGUCGAGUCAUUCAACAAAGAAACACGUCAUAAAGGUUAGGGUUCCCCAUGAUGAUCAUGACCUGUAUGAUCGGUAUGUGCUACCUGCUGGCCACCCACAUCGGACUGGGAUGGAACAUGUGAUCCAUCCAAAGAGACCUUCGGCACGCUGUCCGUCACCGGAUCCACUAAAUGAAACACAGCGGCCAUGUUUCUUUUGUGGGGAAGAAACAUCUUUGACUAAAAUUAAAAAAGAGCAGCCGGGACCAGAACCUCGGGAGCUUUGACCAAAACUUUUGAAUCCAACAUCCAUAAAUAGGAAGUCACAAACUGCUCACCAGAGUCGACCCGAGCGAAGGUCCCGGUCCGUAAGGCUGUCCGUGGUGCUACUGGUGCCUCUACUGGUGCAACUGGUGUCCUCCCAGUUCACUCCUCUGGCACCAGACUGUUCAUUCUUUCUGACAAUCUAUCCGUUUACAUAAAAAGCAACGAAAGUUUUCCUAAUUAAUCGUACGACUCACACAUUUCACUCACGGUGAUAUUUUAAAGGAACCACAACGCCGAGUGAAAGGGAUUUUAUUUUGAAAGGUUCAUGUGUUCACCAUAAAUGUUUUUGUCCGAUUUUAAUGAAUCAAACUGGAGCGUUAGCGGAGUGAUUUAAAUAAAACAGAUGUAGACUGUAUUAAAUAUGAUCUAUUGUACUGUGUACACGAUGAAGUCACGUCAACUCCAUGAUUGUAGUCCACGAGUAACGUAGUAAAAUCACCUGUAUUUAUUGUACCGACCUGAGCGUCAUCCGUGCUUCCUGUUGGAGACCAACGUGAACAAUAAAGGUUGAGAUGUUUCUGCUUUUCA